CGGUUUUGGUCGGAGUGCUAUUAGUUUGGGUAAAUAAAGUCAAUUUGAGAAGAGAGGUGUAGAUAGAAUAGAACCCUAGGCCUGAUUGGCCACAUAACCUGAGGUUGUUCCCAGUGUCGCUCCCUCUAACUCUUUGGUAACAACAAUGGCCCAACCUCCAGCUCCGGCUCCGGCUCUUGCUACGGAUUCGGUUCCUGUUACGGCUUCGGCGCUAUCAGAAUCUUUGGCGGUCGUGAAAGAAGAAACUCUUGUAGGAAAUGCCUUCUUUGCAAUUGAAUCAACGCAGACUCACACCACGGCUCCAGCACCAGCUGUUUCUUCAGCUUAUUUUCAACCUCCACCUGUGCUUCCUCAAGUUUCCAGCUCUUCUCGUGCGGGUGAGGCUCAACCUCCAGCUCCAGCUCCUGCUACGGCUUCGGUUUCUAUUACGGCCUCGCUCCCUCAAGUUUCCAGCUCUCCUCGCCAACCAGAACAAUUAAUGCAUAAGAAUCGUUUGCAAGAGUUCACACAUAAGACAAACAUACCGCUGCCUAUAUAUCAAACAAUCAAUGAAGGAUAUCAACAUAUGCCAAAGUUUAGAUCAACCGUAAUAGUAAAUGGAGCGAGUUAUACUUCUUCAGAUACCUUUUCUACCAGGAAAGCUGCUGAACAAAAUGUUGCUGAACUUGCCUUAAAGUCUAUAGCCAAAGAAACAAUGGUAAAUGAAGGACUUCCAACAAAAGAAAUGGUGGAUGAAGGACUUCCUCUUAUUCAUGAGGACACUGUGUUUUGCAAGUCUAUCUUGAAUGAAUUUGCUACCAAGAUGAAUAUGAAGAUGCCCACUUAUAACACCAUUAAGCCUGACGGGUUGCUUCCAGUUUUCAAAUCUUCUUUGGUUUUCAAUGAUGUUUUCUAUACUGGCAGUGUUGGCAAAAAUAAGAAAGAGGCUGAACAAUUGGCAGCUCGUGUUGCUAUUUUGUCACUUUUAGGUGAUUCUGGAAUGAGGAAGGUUCUUUAUGACAUCAUUAAAUCUAAAGUCAAACUAUAUGCGGCAUUGAAUAAAGUUGAUGCUCGUGAUAACAUUCAAAAUAGCAGCAGUGCACCUUUGUUGAUGAACAAGGUGCAAAGUUCAGGAGUUUUAUCUAGAAAUGAUGCCGGAGUUGAAAUUGCUCUGCCUGUAGCUAAUGCUCCAACAAUUUCUGAUAGUAUUGUUCCACCAACUAAGGCUCUUCCGAAUUUGUACUCUGGAGAUGUUUCGAUGAAGCAUAAUUUCAAAAUAGCAAAACUUGGAACUUCUUUAGAAGCAACCGGUCUUCCAACUUCUCAAGGGACCAAUUUACCAAUUGAAUUUGUGCAUGCGGAAGCUGCAAAUUCUGUGAAUGUUAGUGCAAGUUCUUCAAAAAAGCGGCGUAAGAACAAGAAGAAGGCUAAUAAAAGAUUGUGCACUGGUGCCCAGAUGCAGAUGGCUUCAUCUCCUUUAAAUCAAGGACCACCUUGUUCAGUAGCACAAUGACCAGAAUGACUGUAAAUUUACAUCAGUAGAUUAGCUUGUUAGGAUCACAGAAAUCAAGAAUUGGCUCUUUCUCCACAAUAUUGUAUGUAUUGGUUGUGGAGGCUUCAUCUUUUCAAUUUUUGAUUACAUGCAAUCAGCCGGCAGGGGAAUUGUUUCUGUACUUCCUACUAUGAAUUGUAGCGUAAGUUUACCUUUGAAUCCAUCGGAAUGAACAUGUAAUGUUGACUAUUAUUGGGAGCCUUUCUGGUUUGUGACCACAAUUUAUGUAAAAUCACUUGAGUACCAUAAUUUAUGGCUGUUGAUAACAAACCAAAUAGCCCCUUAAAAAACAAACAAACCAAAUUGCUUUAUCACAUUUUGUGAAAAAAGAGAAUAACCUAUUGAGUUGAUUGAUGGUUCA